GGCGCGCGCUUGGGAGGAAAGUGCACUGCACCUUAGUUUUUUGCCGCCGGCGAAGGAGGGAGGAAACUCCUAGCUAGCCGCCUAGUUGAGCUCUACUCGCGGUGGGAGAGACGGCUCGUCUUGUUCGUGUGAUGACUUACGCGGAAGGCGAAGGGAGCGGGAAGACGACGAUGGCGGCGGCGAAGGAGAACUCCAAGUCCAGCUUCGCCGUCACCUGCGGCCUCCUCAGCCGCUACCUCAGGGAGAACAAGGGCGGCGCGCUGCAGGGUCUCGCUGGCCUCGGCAUGGCGCCGCCGGCCACCGCCAUCGAAGGAGGAGCUUUCCAGCCGCCGACCACCAUGAACUUGCUGUCGGGGCUCGAGGACCCAAAGCCAGACACCGUCGACGUGCAGCUCGCCGUCGGCAAAGGCCAGCUCCUCCAGGCGCCAACUGGCAACCAAGAUGCGCAUCAGCUGACCAUCUUCUACGGUGGGAAAGUGGUGGUCGUCGACAACUUCCCGUCCACCGAGGUCAAGGCUUUGCUGCAGAUGGCGAACGCCGCCGGCGAUGGCGCCGUAGACAGGGCCGGCAGCGGCAGCGGCGCGGUUCCGCAGAGCCUGCCCGGACCUGCAGACAACAAUCUUCCUGGUACGAGCUCUUACAUCUUUUGCAGUUCAGACAAGAUCUGCCGAUAGCGCGGAGGAACUCACUCCAUAGGUUUCUCGAGAAAAGAAAGGGCAGGAUAACUGCCAAGGCGCCUUACCAAGCUAACAGCGCGUCGUCUGCUCCGUCCAAGCAAGCUAAUGGUGACAAGUUCUGGCUCGGGCUAGGCCAAGAAGUGGCGAUAAAGCAAGAGAUAUGAUCAAAUUAUGAGCACUCUGCUUGUUGCUCCAAAUUCACAGGGCAGUUGAACUGUGGGUACCGGUAGUAUAGUUUACUCGAAGCUUCGAAGCAACAAUAAUUGACUGUUGGUUAUUCAUUUCUACCGUUAAGUAGUACUAUAGCCGGUGGUUAAUUCUAAUUGCCCACCAGCAUAGAUAGUUAGAGUACAUGUUUAAGCACAGGCCCUGUGUUCCUAUGCACCAUUGUUUGCUGCUGGAGCUGUAUGCUAGCUCUUGGCAGUUUGGCUGGUUAGGUCGAGAGUGUGCUAGGACUAUGUGUCGUGUUAUGUUGCAACAGAUGGUUUAACACAAAGAUAUUACUAUUCAAGACUGCAAUUUUAGUUCA